UAAUACCUAUAACUAAACGGAUAUCAGGAGCACUGAAAAGCUCCUAUAAAGCAAAAGCGUUAUCCAGAGAAGGUUCUGAAGUUUGGGGAGGUUGCAAACAGGAGCUCUGAACUUCUGACCUUUCUGUAACAAUUGACUAAGCUCACCAUAUUCCCCACUAAAACAAUGUUCACACUUACAAUCCUCCACUUUUCUUACAUACAUCAAUGAAAUUAUCCACUAAACCAUAUUAAUAAGUGCUUAAUCUAACCUUAAUGUCAAACAUUUAGCAUGUUAUCCACUAAACCAGAUUAUUUAGUGCGGGAGCAGGUCUGCUCUAGGCUUUUGCCAAUUUCCCUGUUGAAAUCUGCAUUUUUGACCAAAAUAGAAAGCUGUGAGUUAGUUAUAACGUAAUAGUAAUCCUAUAUAAAGCAAGCUGACAUUUGUUGAUCUGAUAAAAAGAGAAACAAGCUUGUAUACAUUCCUCUUUUAGACUGUUAUUAUGGGUGUUAAUCUACUGAAGCUAAGAAUUUUAUUGGUAUUGUUUCUUUUAGGAACAACUUACGCACAGCUUUCGGCCGAUUAUUAUGCAAAGACAUGUCCAAGAGCUCUCUCGACAAUCCGAGCUGCCGUGCAUAAAACUGUAGCUGCAGAGAAGCGUAUGGGGGCAUCAUUGCUCCGACUCCACUUCCAUGACUGCUUUGUCAAUGGGUGUGAUGCAUCCGUUCUUUUAAACGACACCACAACAUUUACUGGAGAGCAGACUGCAGGCGCGAAUGCAGGAUCUCUGAGGGGAUUUACCGUAGUGGAUGAUAUUAAAUCUCAAGUCGAGAAUGUUUGUCCUGGUGUUGUUUCUUGUGCUGAUAUUCUUGCGGUGGCUGCAAGGGAUUCCGUUGUUCUGUUGGGUGGCCCUUUUUGGCAAGUGCAGCUGGGUAGGAGAGAUUCUACUACAGCUAGUUUAAGCACCGCGAAUUCUGACAUUCCAUCCCCAAACGCCGACCUUAGUGGCCUUCUAUCUUCCUUCUCAAACAAAGGACUCACUGAAAAAGAAAUGGUGGUUCUAUCAGGAGCACAUACAAUUGGGCAAGCGAGAUGUGUAGUAUUCCGCACCAGAGUUUACAACGAGAGCAACAUCGAUGCAUCAUUUGUAGGUUCCUUGAAAUCCAACUGCCCAAGUAACGGAGGCGACAACAAUCUCAGCCCACUCGACUCUACCACCCCUACUGUCUUUGAUAAUGGGUAUUUCAAAGACCUGGUAAACAACAAAGGUCUGAUGCACUCCGAUCAGCAGCUUUUCAAUGGCGGAUCUACUGAUUCUCAGGUCACAUCUUACAGCAAAGAUUACUCAUCCUUCCGUUCAGACUUUGCAAGCGCUAUGGUGAAAAUGGGCAACCUGAGUCCCCUCACCGGAACAAACGGAGAAAUCAGAACCAGUUGCUGGAAAACAAACUAAUCCAUAGACGUAAUAUAUACGGUCCCUUGCUAUCUUCCACUCUUAGGAUCAAGUUAUAAGACAUCCAGGUGGAGGAUUUAUAAACUAUAUUCCAUGUUUUGUUUCAGUAGUUUGGGAUCUUGUAGGCACUAACCAAAGCCUUCUGAUCCUUGUCUUCCCUUUGCAAGAUAUUGCCAAAAUGUUAAAAAUUAAUAUUAUUGAAUAAUAUACAUGCCUAUCCACAAUUGUAUUGUAUCUUUUGAGCCAAUGUAGACUUGAAGUUUAAUCUUUA